UUUUUUCUCUCUAAUUCACCUCAAAAAUAUUAUUUCUUUAUUAUUAUUCUUUCUUCUUUUAACAAUUUAUAUCCCCACUUCCUUCUUGAAUCCUCUAGUUCAUUCCACUCUGAUCACAACAAUGGCCAAGUGUUUCAGCUUCACUGAAUCCCGAAACUGGUGCUACCGGUACUCUUUCAGUCACUCAGGUCUCAAAUCAUCUACCGUCGAUCUCGGCGACGGCACGAUCAUGCACUGUUGGGUCCCCAAAACUCACAAACCAACCAAACUAACGCUCUGUCUCCUUCACGGUAUUGGCGCCAACGCAAUGUGGCAAUGGGCUCACUUCAUUUCUAAAUUGGUAUCCAAGUUCAACGUCUACGUUCCCGACCUCUUGUUCUUCGGUGACUCUUACACCACGCGCAGCGAGAGGUCUGAGGCUUUUCAGGCCACGUGUGUGAUGGGUGUGCUGGAGGCUCACGGCGUGGAGAGACUGUCGGUUGUGGGGAUCAGUUAUGGUGGUUUUGUGGGUUACAGUUUGGCUGCGCAGUUUAAGGAGAAGGUUGAGAGGGUGGUGCUAAUAGGCGCGGGUGUUUGUUUGGAGGAGAAAGAUAUGGAGCAAGGGUUGUUUAAGGUUAAGAAUAUUGAUGAAGCUGCUGAGAUUUUGUUACCUCAAAGACCGGAGAAAAUGAAGGAGCUGUUGAGAUUGACUUUUUACAAGCCGCCUAAGAAUGCUCCUUCUUGUUUUUUCAAUGAUUUUAUUGAGGUAAUGUGCACACAACACAUUCAGGAGAGGAAAGAAUUGCUCCAGGCAUUACUUAAGGGCAGAAAAUUAUCUGAUCUUCCUAAGAUAACUCAGCCUACACUUAUCAUAUGGGGAGAUCAUGACCAGGUGUUUCCGCCCGAAUUGGGACACAGAUUGAAAAGCCAUUUGGGUGAGAAUGCGGAACUAAAAAUGUUGAAGAAUACAGGGCAUGCAGUUAAUGUAGAGAAACCCAAAGAAAUGUACAGGCACUUGAAAGCUUUUCUUAUCGAUCAGCAAAUAAAUCAUACCAAUUGACGCAAGGCAGAUUGAAAGUCAUGCCAAGAAAAAUGAAUUACAACUGAGGAGAGAUGGAUAUGUAGUGUGUUGUGGGUAACAUUAGCAUUUUGAGGCUUGUGAAAUUGAAGUACUCAUCAUUUGUAUAUUUAGAAGAUGUAGAGUAGUGAAUUAAUGGAGAAAUAGUUAUCCCCUCAGCAAGCUGGCUAAGUUAUUCAGAUUUACGGAUCAUUCAGUCCGUGAAUUCUUAGUUAAUUUACAAAAUUUUCAAUGUUGAAGGAAUGAUCAUUGUGAUAUGAAUGUAAUGCAAUGGUUACAUUUGAACUUUUCCUAUUUGAAUUAAUGUGUAGCAGACUCCAUCCUUCUC